AUGGAAACAACCGAAAUAUCUUUGUCAAAUACCAUAUCUAGCAUUGUGAAAUGUUCCAAAUCAGAGAGUAUCCUCAACAAUAUGCGAAGUACUGAUAAAGUACUGCUCUACGGUGAAAUGAUGCUUUUGGAUCCAGAAACGAAAGAAGACAUACAUCGUGCGAUGUUGGUGCUACUUUCUGAUAGGCUUUUGAUAGGAAAUAUCACUCCAUCUGGAAAGUAUAGGUAUGCACCUUUUGAAAAGGAUUAUGGAUUUGACGAUCACUUUGGAAUUUUCAGCUUAGAGUCUACAUUUUCGCUGAAUAAUCUGGCAGUGGUAAACGUAAAGGAUCGAGAGAGCGGGCCUGCCAUUGCUGAUCAGUUGUUGAAGUUGUUAGUGUUUCCGGAGCAGAGAUACUACCGAUGUGAUAGCGCACGAGUGAAGAAAAUGUGGCUUGAUGAAUUGGAAAGAGCUAAGCGAGACAUAUUACAUGAGGGUAUCUUGGCUCGUCAAAGCACUAUUCGCGGAAAGAGAAUGACUGUUCAGGGCUCAACGAACACCACAAACUCCAGCAACUUCGAAAACAAUCCAGGAAAACGACGAAGGAGAAUAAGUUUUUUGCUGGUUGGGUCAAAUGCUACAACUCUAACCUCCAUUAAAACUCGUUUAGACCAAGAUGAGAUGGCAUGGUUGCAAGAGUUACCCGCAGAACUGGACGACUGCAUUGCUCAUAGAGAUCUUGAUCAGGCUGUGGAGCUUAUCCACGAGUGGAAGCAGUGCCCCACGAAGGAUUCCAAUAUUGAUGCGCAGCUGAAAAUCCGCGAAAAUCAGAUAGUGCAACUCCUGAGCGAUGAUGUGCGCCGACCUGGAGCUAUCCACGGAGGGCCACGAGCUAUGAAGAAAGCGCGAACACUGCUUACUCAACUGGGAAGA